AGGCGCUCAGAAAAGACCGGCGGCACAUCUGGGAGAGCCUCAGAACCACCGACCCUCGAUAGCACCUUCUCCCCUCCGAACAUGACGGGGACAUUACUCAUGUCCUUGGUCAGCUGCCUCAUUGCCAUAAGUCAGGCCAGCCUCAUCAAUCGCUGUGACUUGGCCAGGGUGCUGCACAAGGAGGACUUGGAUGGGUUUGAGGGCUACUCCCUCAAUGACUGGCUGUGUCUGGCUUUUGUGGAAAGCAAAUUCAACAUAUCAAAGGUAAAUGAAAACGCAGACGGCAGCUUUGACUACGGAAUCUUCCAGAUCGACAGCCACUCCUGGUGCAAUGAUUACCAAAGUCACUCAGAGAACAUCUGCCACGAGGACUGUCAAGACCUACUGAGCCCCAGUCUUCUCUCAACCAUCAGCUGUGCAAAGAAGAUUGUGUCCGGAGCAGGGGGGAUGAAGAACUGGGUAGCGUGGAGGUUGCACUGUGCAGGCCGGCCCCUCUCCUACUGGAUGACAGGAUGCUUCUUGGGAUGAGAUGGGGGAAGGGCUGCUGUGGAGUCAUUUCAGAGUUCCUCUUCUCAUUCGGGAAUCUUCAUUUCCUCUUCCUCUUGCCUCCACUUCGUGUUAUUUUCUUUCCUUCCCAUUUACAAAGAAAACUGACCAGAGCCCCAGAAAUAGAUGGUUUUCUCAGGCUUCCUCCUUGCACCCAUCUGGGCCUAGGCCUCUGGUUCCUGACUGUCAUUGCAAACCAAGAAGACCACAGUGAAGAAGUUGUUAUAUUUUGGGAAUUAUUAAAGCAUUCCUUGUGCAAAGAA